ACCGAACUGCGCUUAAUCGAACCCCGCAGAUCCGCCGACGUCAUGAGAUACAGUUGACGUGUCACAGCUGCGGAGGAAUAUUAAAUAUCGUUUCCACUUUUAACUGCGUUUUACACAGAAGCAAGUUUGAUGUGUUGUUAGCAUAAAUGGCUUCGGCGACAGAACCAGCGAUGUGCUCGGCUGCAGCGGCCGCAGCAGACUCCAUAGUGCCCGCCUGUAUGUUUGCACCGGAGCGGGAGUGCGAGGACGACCUAGCCGGGGAAGAGGGCUUCGAGGACGGCGAGGAGACGAACGGCGAGCCCGCGGAUCAUUUAGACCUGAGCAGUAAGCUGGUUCUUGUGAGUCCAACAGCAGAACAGUACGAUUCGUUACUGAGACACUUGAGGGAGCGGAUAGAUGAGGGCUGUGGUGAGACCAUCUACGUGGUGGGGAUGGGCUCAGAUGGAGGUGACUAUGGCCUGGAUGAGAAGGACAUGGAGGCGUCGGUGGCCACGGUGAAGUCGCUGUGCGAACAGAUCGAGGCUGACCUGAUCCUGCUGAGGGAGAGGAUAGACACUGGUGGACAGAUUCAGGACUACCUCAUCAGACGCCGUGUUGGCGAGGAGGAUUUCCUGGAAGUCAGAGUGGCGGUCGUAGGGAAUGUGGAUGCUGGGAAGAGCACUCUGUUGGGUGUUUUGACCCACGGCGAGCUGGACAACGGCAGAGGCUUCGCUCGCCAGAAGCUCUUUAGGCACAAGCACGAAAUGGAGAGCGGCAGGACGAGCAGCGUGGGCAACGAUAUCCUGGGUUUUGAUCAGGAGGGAGAGGUGGUUAACAAGCCCGACAGCCAUGGUGGCAGCCUCGACUGGACCAAGAUCUGUGAGAAGUCCUCGAAGGUCAUCACCUUCAUCGACCUGGCCGGCCACGAGAAGUACCUCAAAACCACCGUCUUUGGCAUGACUGGACACCUGCCCGAUUUCUGCAUGCUCAUGGUUGGCAGUAACGCCGGCAUCGUUGGCAUGACCAAAGAGCACCUGGGUCUGGCACUGGCCCUAAAUGUGCCGGUGUUUGUGGUGGUUACUAAGAUCGACAUGUGUCCAGCCAACAUCUUGCAAGAGACACUAAAGUUAUUACAGAGGUUAUUAAAGUCGCCGGGCUGCAGGAAAAUCCCAGUGUUGGUCCAGAACAGGGACGACGUCAUCGUCACGGCCUCCAACUUCAGCUCAGAGAGGAUGUGUCCGAUCUUCCAGAUCUCAAACGUGACCGGGGAGAACAUGGACCUGCUGAAGAUGUUCCUCAACCUCCUGUCUUCUCGAACCAUCUUUAGUAAUGACGAGCCAGCAGAGUUCCAAAUAGACGACACAUACUCAGUACCGGGUGUGGGCACAGUAGUGUCUGGGACUACGUUACGUGGAAUGAUUCGGCUCAACGACACGCUGCUCCUAGGCCCCGACCCGCUCGGCACCUUCAUCCCCAUCGCCGUGAAAUCCAUCCACCGCAAACGGAUGCCGGUGAAAGAGGUCCGCGGGGGACAGACGGCGUCCUUUGCUCUCAAAAAGAUCAAACGUUCCUCCAUAAGGAAAGGAAUGGUGAUGGUCUCGCCGAAGCUGAUGCCACAGGCCACCUGGGAGUUCGAGGCGGAGAUUUUGGUGCUGCACCACCCGACUACGAUAUCACCGAGAUACCAGGCCAUGGUUCACUGUGGCAGCAUCAGGCAGACAGCCACCAUCCUGACAAUGAACAAAGAGUGUCUGAGGACAGGGGACAAGGCCUCAGUCCAUUUCCGCUUCAUUAAGACGCCCGAGUACCUGCACUGUGACCAGAAGCUGGUGUUCAGGGAAGGACGCACCAAAGCUGUGGGCACCAUCAUCAAGCUUCUCCAAUCAGUGAGCACCCAGGCAGCGAAGGCCCAGCUGUCCAAGAUGCAGGCCAGUAAAAAGACGUUUAAAGAGGGCACAGCGGCCAAUGAGGAGGCAGGAUCUUCAGCACGGCCGCCCAGUCCCAACGCAGCAAAUUUACCAACAGUGGCAGAGGACGAGGCUCAGUGUAAAGACGGCAACAAGGAAAACAAGCUCAAGGCGGGCGGCGGGGGUCGCAGGAGAGGAGGUCAGAGACAUCGAGGGAAAGGCCUGAACCCGGCAGCUAUCCCCACAGCAGUGACGGCAGGAGCAGCCGGCACAGCCUAAACAACCCCCCCCCCCCCACACACAGCAAGUCUCCUCAGCUCAUCAUGUCGUCACAGAGAGGAAAAGUGACUGCAUUGCCCUCUGGUGGUUGUAUAUAGACUAACUGCGCAUGUUUCUUUCAUAUAAAAGAAAAGAUUAUUCUGCGUUUUUCAAUCCAGGCAGAGUGAAUCUUUCCCACAGAAAGUUGUUUUAAAGUUGUAUUGGCGUCUCCGCCUGUGGGCUGCUGAUUGUGAUCAAGUGUGUUUUUUAGUUUGGGUGUUUUCUUUUUGAAUUUUCGGUUUUCAUUACACAACAUUUGCUUUGUUAAGUUUCGGGGGUUUUCACCUUGUCUGUGGUUCAUCAGAACUUCUCUCGGAGCAUUAACAGAUUCUCCCAGUGAGCAGAGGCAUCAGUCACUUUCCCUCCCUGAACGUUUUCCAACCUUUCAAACCCUCGUCUCCUCGUUCUGCAUCUUUUUCGUUUUCAACACAACCUGGUUUCCUACGCACACUGAAAGCCACGUUGACAUUUUAAUAUUCAUGCAGGUGUCGCGUUGCCAAAUCAGAAAACGUCUGAAUUGUUCCUGCUUUCUCUCGAGUGAAGUCCAGUGUAAGUGAGGUUCUGUCACGUGUGCAGGUCAUAGUGAGGUCACCCACACUCAGCUGUCUGUUUAUUAGGUACACCUGACUUAAACUAAAGAUUCUAUCCACAGGAACCUUCUAGAGUGUUUGUAGCACUGGCAGGUGUCUCUAUUAUUUUGUCCACCCCAUUUACAUCACGAGGAUAGUAACCAAUCCUCCAUAGAGUCCAAGCAGUUCAAUGUAAAACAGUUUCAACACAUUAGAACCUUGGUGACGGGAGGUUUACUGCAGGACUUAGUUUGAGCUGCUUGUUCCUAAUAAAGUGGAAACUGAGUGAACAAUAAGCCAAACGGGUGUAAAGCACAAAGUUUCUUCCAUUAUGCUGCAGUGGGAAAUCCAGAAACAAAUCCAGAAGCUGAAAGAUUCAUCCUGUGUUUGUACUCAUGGUGUCACACACCUUUUUAAAAGUCAAAAGCCAAGUAAGAACAUAUGAAACUCACCAGAAGAGGAUUCUGCACAUUACGUCAUUUUACUCAUAUGAGGAAGUAGCUGCAGAACAUAUUGUCAAAGAGGAAUUUAUAUCACACAGGUUGGAAGGAAUUUCUUUCAUGUUGAUGAGAAACCAUGAAAACAGAAACUUUUUGUUAACUGAAGAGUUUAAAAAAAGUAAUUUCUACCUUAUAAGCUUUAAUAUUACCCGGUGAUCACAUCAGAUUGAGCAAAAGAUAAACCAAGUUUAACAACUUCCACCGUUUCUUUUCUCACUGUUUUUAUCAAGAUGUUUAAUGACCCCGUUCCCAGUUGUGAAGUUGAACUCAAGUUAUUACAGUUUUCUACACUCUUAGAUUUCCUACUGGUCAGUCCGAGUCUCUAAGGAUCUUAAACUACACAUUUUAAGACGAUCACAAACUCCCAGAAUGUUUCCCUCUUCCCUCCUUUUGACUGUUUUCUUUCUUACUGGGUUUUGCAUGGAGUUAUUUUUGAAGGGACACAUUUUGUGUGUAUCUAUGUACAAAAAAAGAUUAAAAAGAGUUGUGCAGACGAACUAAGGUUAAAAAAAAAAGAUGCCAUUUAAAUUAAGUGGUGUCAGUUUGUGUUGUAAAUCCUUUAAAUAAAGAUGUUAUAGAAAGAG